AUGACUGCAGAUUUCAUUGGUCGACGGCCUGCAUUCAAUGUCACACUUCUGAUUACGGGUAUUAGCGGAUUGGUAGGAGCGGAAAGUCCAACCUUUUUUGCAAUUUCGCUGUUCUGUACAGUCAUUAGACUUAGAAGUAGCAGAAAUCAACCUAUUGACAGCGCCAUAUUUCUCAAGUUCACACCUACAACACACCAGUACCUACUGACUAUGUAUAGCAGCACUCGUAGCUUAACAUUUGGUGGUCUGCCUCUAGCCAUAUUCUUUGCUCAGUUGUUUUUCCGCAUUCAUAAAACUCCCAAGUAUCUCUUAGGCAAGGGUAGAGACAGGGAAACAACGGAACUUACUGUUGAUCACUUUGAGGCUGUCUCGGCGAGACUGCAAAGUUCGGAACCAGAUGAGACCGUGUCCGCUGACUCUUCGCCCGUAUCUAACAAUAUCAUCCGUCGUGCAGUAAAGGCUUAG